AGAAGAACAGCUACUUGAUGAUAUGCAAAUGGGGUGAUCAAUGAAUGAGACAGAAGGGAGCAGACUUCACAAUGGGUUCAAAGAAACCUCCUCAGCAGGAAAUGGUCCAGGUUGAACGAUCCGAAUCUUCAUCGCCUUUCUGGCGUGCUCGGUCUUCCCCCCGCAAGGAGCCAUCCAAGGCUAUUGAUGCCUCAACAGUAGUGGGCGCAUCAUACUCUCAUGCCGACAAGCUCCGAUUUGACACACUGUCACUGUCUCCUCGCACGUCCCGACCUCGCACUCCGCCGUCCCUUUCCUAUAACGCAGCUCGCAACUCGAGUUCUUCUUCUUUAGCAAAGCAAGCUUCCAACCUCGCUUCGCCCCCACGCCAGAACUACAAUGAGUUCAUAUUAAGCACGAAUGAUGACUGGGAUGUUGAUGAUGAAGACGAAGAUAGGAGCUAUGCAUACUAUGAUGAGGAAGACGAGUUUGGGUUGCCUAGCAUUACUAGCAUGACAAUGAAGAAUAAAAGAGUCCUCGAGUCACGACCCAAAGGACCCGGUGAGGCUUCGCAACUUGGAUAUCAGAAUGGGGCCUCCACUACAUACCGCUUGCAAAGCCCAACACGAAGAAGAGCCAAUAGUUCAGAUAUCGCUGAGGAACGCGGUGGAGGACCGUCUUAUCCCUCGGGGAAACACCCGGAAGGGAAGAUCCUACGACCACAAUAUAAAGAUGUUCUUAAAGACCCAGCAAAUUCCCUUCACCUAAUAAAACACCCUCCUCUACCGGAAAAUGCGUCUCCUAAGGAAGCCGAAGCUCACUCUUCGCGAAUUUCGAGAAUCAACAAAUUCAAGCGGAUCCUACAAGCAACAAACAUUUCUCUCUCCGAGCUGCGGGACUCUUCAUGGUCCGGAAUUCCAACUGAAGUACGGGCAAUGUCGUGGCAACUUCUUCUGGGGUAUCUUCCUACCAAUAGCGACCGACGAGUGGCAACAUUGGAACGCAAACGGAAAGAAUAUCUUGACGGAGUUAAACAGGCAUUUGAACGGGGACCUUUAGCAGCGGCAGCGGCAGCGGCUUCAAGUGGCGGAUCGACAGGGGGUUCACUCCGAUCCGGCAGAGGCAGGGGCCUAGACGAGGCUGUAUGGCACCAAAUCAGUAUUGAUGUGCCACGUACAAACCCUCACUUACCGCUAUACGGCUACGAAGCUACCCAGCGCUCUCUUGAGCGGAUUCUUUAUGUCUGGGCAAUAAGGCAUCCAGCCAGUGGUUAUGUACAAGGUAUCAACGAUCUUGUAACCCCAUUCUGGCAAGUCUUUCUUGGCAGUUACAUCACCGAGGGGGACAUUGAAUCUGGAAUGGAUCCUGGCCAAUUGCCUCGGUCUGUCUUAGAUGCUGUUGAGGCAGAUUCCUUCUGGUGUCUGACAAAACUGCUUGAUGGUAUCCAAGACAAUUAUAUAUUUGCCCAACCAGGUAUUCAACGACAGGUGGGCGCUCUUCGUGAUCUCACAAUUCGAAUAGACGCAGCUUUGGCCAAACACCUCGAACGAGAAGGAGUGGAGUUCAUCCAGUUCAGCUUUCGCUGGAUGAAUUGCCUACUAAUGCGAGAAGUCAGCGUCAAGAAUACCAUUAGAAUGUGGGACACUUAUUUGGCUGAAGACCAAGGUUUCUCAGAGUUUCAUAUUUACGUGUGUGCGGCGUUUCUGGUCAAAUGGUCCGAACAGCUUUUAAAAAUGGACUUUCAGGAAAUUAUGAUGUUUUUGCAAGCGCUGCCUACUCGUGAUUGGACCGAGAAGGACAUUGAACUUUUGUUGAGCGAGGCGUUUAUAUGGCAAAGUCUAUUUCGUGGAUCGAGCGCGCAUUUGAAAAGCACGAGUGGCACGACAGCGCCUGUAAUACCAUGAGCUUCUACCUACUCAUGAUGCUUCUUGGAACACUGCUGGCAGUAAGAGGCACGUUAAUACAUAAUAUCAAUAUAUAUAAUAGAUAAAACAAAUAUUAAGAUCACGCGGGAACAGGCGGAGAGUGAUAUCGACAGGCCU